AUGGCGAUGAUGAUGACUGGCCGUGUGCUGCUGCUGGUGUGUGCCCUCUGCGUGCUGUGGUGCGGUGCCGGUGGUUGCGCUGAGAAUGAUGCGGGAGGUUUGGGUGAAGAUGAAAAUACCGAAUUAAAAGGAAUAGCAUCGGAUGGUUUACAGCGUGAUUCUCACGACAGUGAAACUGGUAAAAAACAAUUGACAGAGCCCAAAGCAGCGGAGGAACCAUUGAUUGCACCAGGAGGAGAUCAUAUUGACAAGCAAGGAAGUUCGGUCGUACAACUAAAGGCAGAUCGUGACGGAAGAAGGGAAGAAGUUGAACCAACGGGUAACGUUAAUGGUUCACAAAAAAAUUCAAAGGAUGCUUUGGAUACGCAUCAAACAGAAAUAACUGAAGUUCGUACAAAAGUGGAGGGAACACCACCAUCACCACCAGAGGGAGGAGGAGGCCCAACACAAACCAAGUCACCGGAAAUAUCGCGUGCGCCGGUGCAAUCACCAGAGCAAUUAUUUCCACCGGCAGCUCAUGCAGGAGAAAAAAGCCUCAGAGCACCAACAGCACUGUCACCCAUAACAUCAGUGCAACCGCCACUUCUACCGAAAGGAAAAGGAGAAACCGACGGCGUACAACCAGGACCAGAAGAUAAAAGCAACGAACCAAAGGUUAAAGUAGAACCACAAGUUCAUGGAAAUGAAGGUCAACACCAGUCUACACAACAUCAUGAAGUACCACAAGAAAAGGAACUGGAAGCGCAAGAACAGGAUACCCAAAACCAAAUAAUAAAUGAACAACACGAAUCCGAACGACUUCAAGUGCAACAGGAAAAAGAAAAAGAAAAACAACGAUCAGAAGAGGAACUGGAAAAACGAGAGCAUCUACACGAAGAGGAACGGGAAGGAGAACAUCUACAAGAAGAAAUACGACAUCAGGAAAAAAAACAGGAACAGCAGGAAGAAAAACACGAAGAACCACAAGAAGAACACGAAGAAAUCAUAAAACAAGGAAAGGAACAAGAUCAACAACAACAACAUCAACAACAUGAAAAUGCUGCGAAAAACAGCGAAGAACCCACAAAAAACGAAACUGCCGUUGGUACAAAUGACACCGCUUCAACUGGCGACAGUGACUGCAGCAACGCGGUCUCGCACACCACCUCCCCUCUUUUGCUUCUUCUUGUUGUUGCGUGUGCGGCUGCGGUGGUGGCCGCGUGA